GGUCGUGUAUGGGUGAUUAAUAAAUACCAUGAAAUUCCUUCCAUAUCUCGUACUGCAGAUAUUUGUGUGUGGAACUCUCCAGUCAUCACCCAAUGACAGUAGCAAAGAAGCUGAAAGUUUAAUUCAAAAGGUCAAUAGCGUGACAUUCCUUAUCACAGUAAACGACACUUGGGGUGACUGCAUACAUACUGUUAAGACACCAGCUGUUGUUCCAGGGAAGAAAUCUCAAUCUAUUUCGGUCGGUAAAUGCGAUCAUGGGCCACUUGAAUUCAGCGUUCAACAGGCCACGGAUGGCAAAAGCUUAAUGUCUGUACAUCUUACAUUUCAUUCCUCCGUCAUAGUAGAUGCAUCUCCUCCAGCAUGCGACAUACAAUGGAAUGGAACAUAUCUGGUUCCUACUAAGAUGACGGAGCAGCUGCCAUCAUUAUUGCCCGGAUGUGUUGUUGGGGAUUCUAGGGAAGGCUAUCACAUGACUUACUACUGGUUCUAUUUAUUAGAUUGGUUGAUUGUUUAAUACUUACUUUAAGUAAAAAUACGUUUAUUCUAGUUUUUAGUCAAUUUUUCUUUGUUUUACGAAUUUGCAGGCAAGAAAUCGUAAUGGCUGUAUGUGUUUUCACGUGAAUAUAUAGCGUUGUGAACAAGUGAUGCACCGUCUUUUAUGCAGUGAUUACGAAGGACAAUAAAGUAUAAAUGCAUAGAUCGCUAUGGAUCUUUUUCAUAACAGUUUCAAAUUGAUAUUUUUCA